CACGAAAAUAAACACGACGCACAUUGGUCGGUCUGUUGGGAAAAGAAACAAGAAAAUGAUAUAAGAUGUGUUUCAGGACGUGGUUAACAUGGACUUGUAUGCUGCUUUUGUGUUUUGCCAGCAUUAAAGCCAUAAAGGUCAUUGGUCGGGAUGCGUCUGUGACAACAGGAGAUGAUGCGCAGUUAUUCUGUGAAGUGAUCGAGAGAACAGACCUUCUAACAACUAUUAGGUGGCAAAUACGAACAAAGAAAAAGCCAACAAAUACGGAUUUUCUGGUUAUUACUUCCAGUGGCAAAGAACAUAUAAACAGACUGAGGAACCGAGUAAAAUUUGCAGGGAACUUCAUAGGACUGGACGGCUCAAUUCUUCUAAGUAAUGUUACUAUUUUAGAUGAAGGAAUCUACACCUGCAUGUUCAGUGUAUUUCCAAGUGGACGAAAUGAAACAGAAAUUUGUCUCAGAGUACAAGUUUCUCCCGUUGUCAGUGUGGGCACUGAUGUUCCUGCUGUUGCUGGAGACACUGAAGGGAUUUUAGCGACCUGCACUGCAGCCAAUGCAAAGCCUGCAGCAGAAGUGUCGUGGAGUCUGGGUGCUUUAAACAACACAGUGAAAGUACAAAAUACUGUCACUGUGGACUCUGAAGAUAGAUACACUGUUAAAAGCAACCUGAUUGGAACUGCAUCUAAAGAUCUAAAACAGAAGAAGGUUCAGUGUGUAGUCACACACCCUGGCCUAAAGCAGAAACUGGAACUGAAUUACACAUUGGAUAUCCACUAUCCUCCUCAGGUGGUUUAUAUUAGUUCAGCAGGUGAUCAAGGGGCAUUUCAGUGUGAAGCAGAUGCUAAUCCAAAACCUACCAGUUUCACCUGGAGCAGAUAUUUUCCAGUAAGCGAGACUCUUUCCAGUGGUGUUAAUAGCAGUCUGAUUGUUCAGCUGACCCCUGAUAGUAACGGACAUUACUAUUGUGUGGCGUCUAACCAAUACGGGGAAGCUGUUGGUUCCUUCUACAUGUAUGAUAAAACAUCUACAGAAUCUAAAACCUGUUGGAGUCUCUUCAUCCUGACCCUCGUUGCUGUUUGCUGUUUUCUCAUUUGGAAAUUUGAAUUGUUUCAGCGUGUUAAUAAAAUACUGAGGCGUGAUAUCAGUCAACCUGUGCUUACGGAAUCUUCAGACCACAAAGAGGAGCAUUGAUACAUGAAUCAAAGCGCUCUACUGGGACCAUACCUUGUCGUGGUGGAGGGGCUUAUCUACGGUGGCCGGGAAGUGCAAAACAAAUUAACAAAACCCAAACCAAAUUAACAAAACGGAAAACACAUUAACAAAACCCAAACCAAAUUAACAAAACCGAAAACAGAUUAACAAGUCAGACAACCCGGAAGUGGUUGGUAUAAUUUGUGAAUGGAAACUUACCAUCAUCGGACGAGACACCUUUCAUUCACAUGUUUUGUUAAUGUGUUUUCGGUUUUGUUAAUUUGUUUUGCACUUCCCGGCCACCGUACUUAUCUUAUUCAAGUGAGGAGAAAACCAAAUGGUCCCACAGGAUUUGUAACAUAAAGGUCCACUUUAUAAGGUUUGUUGACUGGUCUGCUGCCAUGAGCAUGAUCCUUCAACAGGACAACAACCAGGUCUAAAAAAUUCCUGUAGUGAGAGGAAGACACCAAGGCAUCUAAAACAAGACGACAUCACAAACAUAACCUUUUUUAACAUUUCCUCAAGUGAUUAUACCUGGAUGCUUAUUACAGAACUGAAAUGUAAAAAUGUUUUGAAUCAGUCUAGUGAUUCUAUUACCCAGUUUUCUUUCCAUAUACAGGUUUAAAUAAAAAAUGAACUAAACAGUAAGUUUCUGUGUGAUGGAAGACAUCCUGUUAGAUUUUACUCAGAGUUCUGUGUAUAGACUUUUAGUUAUUUAAUUUAUAUAGUACUGUAUUUAAUUUGUUAAUGUACCUGUUGGAUGGAUUCCCUGUGAAAAGCGACUAGCUGGUGUCAUCAUCUUAAAUCGGUCUAAACUUACAGAACUCUGCUUGAUGUUUGCUUUAUCUACUUUAGAUGGUCUGUAGAGUCACUUAUCUGCUAGAAUUGGCUUCACCCAGUUCUGUAGUAGGAUGGGAUGAAAUAAGGUUCUUUAGUAUUGUAUAUGCUGAUUGUAUAUUUUCUUUUUUGCAUUUUUUCUUUGCUAGCUUCACAGUAAAAACUAAUUAAAAUAAAAAUUUAAUAUUGUUUAAAUUUGUUUAAAUUAAAUUUGUAGCUCUUACCACAGUAAGACAGUUCAGCAAUCUCAGGAAUCUAGUUUUGUAAAGCUGCUUUGAGACAAUGUGAAAGUUAACACAUUGAAUGGAGAAAAUGUUAAUAGUGUUAUACAAAAAAUCAAUUGAAUGGAACUGAAAAGUGGAAAGGCUCUCUGUGAUUAAAUAAAAGCUUUAAACAUUUAAAUUUUA